UGUCCACAGAUUCUUCACGUCAAUGAACAUGUGAUCAUGUAGUCAGCAGCUGUAACUCCAGCUCCAACUAUGCAAACAUAUACGGAAUCUUCUUGUCGAAACAGUCGUCUAUGUCAUGUGAUCAUGAUUAUGUUACGAAAAUUAUUCAAAUUUUCAAAUUGCGUUAUCAAUACUAGCCUACAGAAUGGUUUUCUUCCGGCAUCACAAACUUUAUGGUUUUCAUGUAAAGCUGAAAAAUACCUUGAGAAAUAUGAACCAAUAAUCGGCUUAGAAGUUCAUGCUCAAAUCCUAUCUGAUUCGAAAUUGUUUUCAUCUGCAUCAACAAAUUUCACAUCUCGUCCCAAUUCACAGGCCACUUAUUUCGAUGUAUCAUUACCUGGAACAUUACCUGUAUUGAAUCAAAAAUGUGUUCUUGCUGCCAUCAAAACGGGUUUGGCCUUAGACUGUAAAAUUUCGAAUAAAAGUACAUUUGAUCGCAAACAUUACUUUUAUGGUGAUAUGCCGAAUGGAUAUCAAAUCACACAACAAAGAAAUCCGAUUGCUCGUGACGGAUACAUUGAUUUCAUCGUCUAUGAUGAUUUUUAUGAAAAUGAUCGAUCAUUUGAUCCAUAUCUAAAACGAUGUCGUUUGAAACAGAUCCAGUUGGAACAAGAUUCGGGAAAGUCUUUGGUCGAUGAAGAAAUGAAUGCCAAUUUGAUUGAUUUAAAUCGUGCUGGUGUACCGCUCCUGGAAUUUGUAUUCGAACCAGAUCUUCGUUCCACUUUAGAAGCCAUAUCUUUAGUACGGGAAUUGAUUGCAAUUCUUAAAUCGAUAGAAGUAUGUUCAUGUCGAAUGGAAGAAGGUGCCCUUCGUGUUGAUGCGAAUGUUUCAGUUCGACUUGCUGGUAAUCAAGAAUUAGGAACACGAACUGAGAUUAAAAAUCUCAAUUCAUUCAGAAUUAUUCGUGAAGCUUCUGAAUAUGAAAUUCAACGACAAUGUUCAUUGCUAGAAAGGGGUGAAAAAAUUAUCAAUGAAACACUUGGAUAUGAUAUACGAACUAAAAGUACGUUUGUUAUGCGUGAUAAAGAGAUUGUACAAGAUUAUCGUUUCAUGCCUGAGCCGAAUUUACCUGCAAUUGUUCUAUCUAUUGAUGGCGAAGGUGGCAAAGAGUUGAUUAAUAUAAAUGCCAUACAAAAUGAAAUGCCCAGAUUACCGAAAGAUAUUCGGCAAUGUCUUUUAGACAAGCAAUUUGGUCUAUCAUUAAGGGAAAUCUAUUUUCUUUUACACAACCCGACUUUUUUAUAUUUGUUUCAUCAAAUAUUUGAAUCUUCACAAAGAAAAUGUGGUUUAGAUUGCUUUGAAUUUCUUGUCGGUUAUCUGAAACCAAUUUUUCAAGAUAAAAUCGACCCAUUUACUUUGAACAAAAUUGAACCGAUAAAUUCUAAAGCUUCAUUGGAAACUAUUUUGGAAUUUGUUUGCCAAGAAUAUCUGGGCCAACUAUGUGAUAUGAUAUUCGAUGAUAAAAUUUCAGAAACGACUGCUCAUGAUCUCCUGAAAUUAUAUCUUCAAAAUGAACAAAGAUCACCACAUGAAAUUGUUGAAAAAUAUAAUUGGUGGUUAAUACAAGAUAUUGAUCAAAUUGAACAAGUUUGCCGUCAAGUCAUCCAACAGGUACCUAAAAUUGCAAAGAAAUAUGCUAAGAAUGGCGUACGGAAACCAAAAUCUAUGCUCAUACAGAAAGCGUAUGUCUUGAUGAAUCAUCAAGUCAACGAAAGAGUACUGUGGAAAGUUUAUGAUAAAUUAUUGCGAUCUAAAUCAAAAUCAUCUGAUGAAAAGAAUUUAUAAUUCAAUUAUGUAAAAAAUAGUUUAACUUGAUUAAGAAUAAAUUAAGAAUUUUACCGAACAA